AGGCACGCAGCCAGGUGAGCUGCCAAUUUUUAGUACACCCCUAUGGGGCGAUGUCGCAGCGAUCAUAAAAACGCGAGGCAGGCAAACAAUCAUAGAACGAGUGAAUUGUAACCGAACCGCAAGCACUUCUCCAGCGCCAGCGCCAGCUAGACAAAAUCAGCCGGAGCGUGGAGCUUCUCCCAGUGGGGUGCAAUCUCUCCGAUUAGUUGACAUCGCGAGCUGAGCAGCGACGGAUCGUUUUUUGCCCAAAGGAAUACGCAUAGAAGCAAGAUGGCAGGAGUAAGUCAAGCUGAUAUCGAGGAGUUGUACAACUUUAUCCAUCCCCUGGCCAUCAAAGCGGGCGAGAUCCUCAUGGAGGGCUACGAGAUGGCCAGUAAAAACGUCUCAAUCAAAGGCGAUUUCUACGACGUGGUCACCGACUACGACAACAAGAUUGAGGACUUUCUCAUGGAGAAAAUAUUGGCCAGAUACCCGGAUCACAAGUUCAUCGGCGAGGAGGAGACGGCUAAGAACAACAACGUGUCCGGAGAGCUGACGAAUGCUCCCACCUGGAUCAUAGAUCCCAUCGAUGGAACUUCGAACUUUAUCAAGCAGAUUCCACACGUUUGCGUUUCAAUCGGUUUGGCAAUCAACAAACAAAUCGUAGUGGGAGUAAUCAACAAUCCUGUCCAGAAAAAGCUCUUCACAACGAAACUGGGCCAAGGCGCCUUUUGCAAUGGCAAACCAAUCCACGUGAGCAGCUGCGAGAGCGUUAAGGAUGCCAAUGUGGCCUACGAAGUGUCCCUGCUGCAUGUCCAUUCGGUGGCCAACAAGCAUAUCAAAAGGAUCUACCAUGUGGGAUUGAAUGCUAGACGACUUGUUGCCUACUCCUGUGUGGUGGAUGAGCUGUGCAUGGUGGCCGCUGGCAAUCUGGAUGCCUUCUACAUUGAGGACAUGUAUCCCUGGGAUUGUGCCGCCGGCUCCCUGUUGGUUAAGGAGGCGGGAGGCGUGGUAACACAUCCCUUUGGCGGACCAUUCGACAUAAUGAAGCCGGAUCUAAUCUGCGCCGGCACAGAGAAGUUGCGCAAGGAGAUCGAAGACCUUCUGCGUAAGGGAGACCAGGAGGAGUCCGUGGGAGGGAAGCCGGUGCAGAAGUAAUUUAGGCAAGGCAACAACGAUCUUAAUUGAAAAGCUUGGGGUCAGCUGCACUGCCAAUUGGCGCUCGAAGCUCUGCUAAUGGGGAGCUUUCGGAUAUAUUCCAGCUUUAAUCGCCGGCAGCUGUUCCACGAUACACGUCAAAAAGGCGGGAAAGCCCGUCAAUCUUGAGACUUUGAAAAACAACACCGUAUGAUACCAUAAUUUUAAGCAUUUAGCUGGCAAACAACUUAAUAUACAGAUUACCUACUUGGAAAUUUAGUAUUUCUAUACUUAUUCACAAAGUUUCACGAAUUUCGUAUUGUUUAUACCUUUUUCAUAUAGCAUCCCUCAGAAAAAUGUUAGUCUAACAUGGAAUUUAGAUAUUUAUGUACCCAUAUCUGUAUAUAGAGUAAAGUAAAUAAAGAAAUUUAAAGAAAUCCUU